CUUGUAGGCCCGGGAGGCCACCAAAGCGAGCAACGAUGGUCGGCAUUAACCAUAAUGGAGCAAACCAUAGUAUGCUUCUCAAGAAGUCUCGGAUGGACGGCGAAUACCCUGGGUAUGAGAAUGGACAUAUCGGAGGCGACAGAGUAGACAAGUCACAUCUCCUGACCAACGGUUACAGCCAUCAUGUAGCUGCAGCGCAGGCCGCUGUAGCCGCAGCGACGGGUGCUGGCCCACCCCACCUCAACCCUCUACCCUUCAUGGCCCUAAACCAUGCGGCGGCAGCAGCAGCCCACCACAACUCCAUGCUGUCCGGUACUUUACCCUUGGCGGCGACAGGGGGCCAUCCGGGUGCUGCUCAGGGGCUCAAUUCGUCCUCACAUGGUCACCUCAACUCAUCCUCGUCGUCGGGUAGGGGACCUGAAUCUUCUUCUGUCAUCAAGGAAAGAACCUCACAUGCCAAUGACGUCAUCAACUCCACAAGGUUACGAGACGAAAGAGCGGAUUUGGUUGACGCCAAAGAACGCUUGUACGGUUUUGAUAGUCACCGCAUGAAAGACCAGGCCUUUUUGAACGGCUACUUCUGGCUUCUUGCAGGGGCAUCAGCUAACGGCCACAGUCCCGUCCUCAACCUCAGCCAGCAUUCAAGCCGGCCAUCCAACAGCAGUAGUAACAACAACAAUCCCACUACGAACGGCCCUGGUGGCGGUGGUGGUGGCGGAGCUGGUGGCGAACACAGUGGUAGUGAAAACGCAUACAACGACGGUGCUGAUGACGAUGACAACGACAGUGAGGAUGAUGAUGAUGACGACAGAGAACAAGUUUCUUGCUUUUCAGAUCUUAGUGACAAUCCUGACGUCAGCAGUACAGCAAACACAGACAGGUUAACGUCAAGUCAACAGCAACUGGCGUACCCUAACAUGGGAGGCGAAGUUGGACCUUUGCAGGGUCAAGCUGCUUCCUCCAUGGAAACUCUCCUCAGGAAUAUAGAGGGCCUUCUCAAAGUCGCCGCUGAUAAUGCAAGGCAGCAAGAGCGGCAAAUAAAUCUAGAAAAAGCCGAACUCAAGAUGGAACUUCUAAGGGAGAGGGAGGUCCGAGAAGGUAUCGAAAAGCAGCUUUUGGACGAACAACGGACAAGAAAUAAUCUCGAAAACCAGCUUAAAAUGAAAAUUGGAAUGAAAAUUCUGUAUCAAAAAAGGCUGAAGAAGGAAAAGCGGACACGGAGGCGUGUCCAAGAACAGUUGGAAGCAGAGGUAAAAAAACGGGCGCAAUAUGAAGAAGCUCUAAGGAGUAAUUCCGCGGAAACUCUGCGCCUCCUGAACGAAUCCCUGGCCCAGGAACUCGAAAGGGAGAGGAACGCAAGGGCAGAAGCGGAGCAUAAAAUGCAAGAUUGUCCGAUGUCUGUGUAAAACCAUAUGAAGGUGUGCAGUAUAAACAUCAUCAUCAUUAUUGGCCGGUGCCCCGAUACCAGUGCCAUCUAGUGGAUAUGAAAACAUAAGGCUCGAACAGAAUUCUUAGGACGGCAUAUCAGACUUGUUUUCAUGCUACGAUCAAUGAAAAAUUCAUUCAUAACAUUAUAAAACAGAAAGUUAAAAUGAACUCCCAAUCCAAACCCAGUGCAUAUCGAAAAAGUCGAAAAGUAAAUGGACACACAAGCUGGAGCGGCGUGAAAUUUGAUCAGUGACUGAUGUGUUUUAUGAAUUUGAUUAUAUUACAUGAUACAUAAUGACUGUAAAACGAAGAACAGAGAACUAUUUCUGUGAUUUGAAGCUAUUUGUCAGUACUCCAUAGAUUGGUGUUGCUUCCCGUUUUUGUCAAGGCGCUCGAUCAAUUGAAAUGCUCGAGCUUUGUUGAUUGCGCACCGUCUGUUUGUUAAAACGUUUUUUGUGUUGCUCUAUCAUAGAAAGACCACUUUAGGGAGUCUAGUGCUCUGCACACCAAAUCCCCCAACCAUCAUUAGUGUGAAGAAACUGUUAUGAUUAUUACUAUAACACUUACCACUUGCCAGUUUGAAGUACCACAUACGACCACUGUAGAAGGUCUCGUUUAGUGCGCCUUCAGCAAAAGAGUUUGGCAAUUUUUGUUUACAUGUUUCUAUAUACGUUUUGAGAAUUGUUUUAUUUAUUGACUGCAAUGUGCUAUAAAAGUAUUGUGAACAUGAUCCGCUGUAAUGUAAAGAAAUUAAGAAUUAAGUUCAUUCGUGCCAUUUUCACUGCCAGUAAAAUGCAAUCUUUCAUUACUUAAAUAACAACUUUAUAAGCAAACACGAAAUACUGUUCUAAACUGGAACAUGAUUAAAGAUGCUUGAUCGAUGCUCCUUAACCAGUGUUAAUUUUUAAAGAUUAAAGAAACUUAAUGGAUGCAUUUAAUGCAAUUUUGAUGCUUAGUUAACGAUUUGAAAUCAUUCUUAGAUAAAAUUAAUUUAAAAUUAAAUAUCGUUUCAAAUAUGAUUUCCAUUUAAAGGUGUAAGAAUAAAUUAUUUGAAAAAAAUUUAAGAUCUUUCAAAUGAUAUUUAGUAAACUAAUCUGUAUUGACACAUUCUUGUUUGAAAAUUGUGAGAAAAAAUAAAAGUUAAAAAUAAAUUUCCAAAUUUUCAUUGUAUUUUUCCUAUCUUAGAUUAAAUAAGUGCCCGGUGUCUUUAUUUGAUAAAGCCAUAUUUUACUUUUUUUAGAUAGUGCAAAUUAAAAUCAUUUUAAAUAAACUGAAACUUAAUUUUUCACGAAGAAUUAUGUUGUAUUGAUUCUGGAUUUGAAAAAUUUUAUUCAUUCCUGGGGAAUAUUAUUUUGCCAUUUAUCUUGCAUAUAAAAAGCAAUGUUCUUGGCGCAAACUUUUUUUAUAUGAAAAAUAAGUAUUUACGUUUAAAUUUAUAUCUGAAAUUUAAAUUUAAAACAGAAUAUUAAAUAACACGGGUUACAAUUAAAUAUACCUCGCGCAUCUGUUAAACCAAAACAAUACAUUAAGAUUAAAAUUUCAGUGAGUACAAUUCUCAAGAAUAUUUAUUUCGAACGGUUUAUAAUCGAUUAAGUUGAAAAUUUCUGUCUAAUAUAUAUAAAAAAUUAAGAUUUUUAAUUCAAAAAUCAUAAAAUCUAUUAUAAAAAUUAUGCAGCAAUAGUACAUUAUUAAGGUCAUCUAAAUUUUAUAUAAUACCUACACAUGCAUAAUUAAACUCAUAUUUCAAUCUUCAAACAAAUCUCUUUUUAAUAGUCAAUAACCAGUCAAUAAACCAGCAAUGCAUGCAUACACACACACACACACACACACACACACACACACAUACAUAUAUAUAUAUAUAUAUAGUGUAAUGCAAUAACAAGAAUAUUGUAAAUAAUAUUGUAAAGCCUUUGAUGAUAUCAUUAAAAUGUCCAAACUCUUUUUCACAAAGGUCACUAAUAAUUGUUAGAUGGGCAAUGUGUUUGUUCUAAAAAGAAAAAUAUGAAAAAAAUGAAAAAAAUGAGAUUGAAAAAAAAUAUUACAGCUCUGCACUCAUGAAGUUUAUUGCCUCGUGUGUUUCUGUUCGCGUUUUUUGUUCAUAAGUGUAGUAUUCUGCUCAAAUGUUUUUGUCACAUCCUUUUAUCUUGUAGCGUUAAAGAUCAGUAUUGUUAUGCUUAACCCCAUAUCAACAAGUGUAUCUCAUAAAGUUAUUUGCAGCUGUGA